GUCAGAUCCGUCUGAGGUCGCGCAGUUUGCGGAACUUGGACAGCAAGUGCAUGUGCGCGGUUUGAGAUGCAGUUUUUCACAGUAUAGCGAAGUAGGAAUCAGAAGUGAAAACCACAAGAAUGAAUUUGAAGAGGAGAGGUUGAGGCAUUCCCGCCAAAUAUGUAAUCUGUCUUUGAAAACAUGCGUUUGUCAAAGUUUUGUGUAAAAGGAGAAGGUCAAGUGAGGAGACCUGUUGAAUGAUUGCCCUCGGACAGCAGCAAGCUUCUCCCGGCACUGUGGAAUGGAGCGUGGGAAGGAGCGAGUGGUGGCCCUGGUGGAUAUGGACUGUUUCUAUGUUCAGGUGGAGCAGAGGCUGAACCCAGAGCUCAAGAACAAACCCUGUGUAGUUGCGCAGUAUAAAACCUGGAAGGGAGGAGGCAUUAUAGCUGUCAGCUACGAAGCCCGGGCACACGGGGUCACGAGAAAUAUGUGGGCGGACGAGGCCAAGAAACUGUGUCCGGAUCUGAGGGUGGCGAGAGUCCGAGAGGCUCAUGGGAAGGCUGAUCUCACCAAGUACCGCGAGGCCAGUGUGGAGGUGAUAGAGGUGAUGUCCCAGUUUGCAGUGAUUGAGCGGGCCAGUAUUGAUGAGGCUUACAUGGACCUAACAAGCACGGUGCAGCAGAGACUGAGGGAGCUGGCAGGGCAGAGGAUCCAGCCUGACCUCCUGAGGACUACAUUCGUCCAGGGAUUUCCUCAGACAGCCAGUGAAGAGCAAGAGCAGGAGCAAGGGGAGGAGGAGGCAGAGGACAAAGAGGUGAGGCGCCAGCGUGGCCUGCAGGAGUGGCUCGACUCCUUGCCUGCUCACAGCAACACUACCUGCCCGGAACUGCAGCUCACAGUGGGAGCCGUGAUCGUGGAGGAGAUGAGAGCCGCAGUGGAGGCCAAGACUGGAUUCAGGUGCUCAGCUGGGAUCUCACACAAUAAGGUUUUGUCAAAGCUUUGCUGUGGGUUUAACAAACCGAACCGGCAGACCAUACUGCCUCUGGGAUCUGUAUCCCAGCUCUUCAGCAUGCUGCCUAUUGGCAAAAUACGCCACCUUGGAGGCAAACUGGGUGCUUCCAUCACUGAGACGCUGGGUGUGGAGAAAAUCGGGGAGCUCACCCGGUUCACAGAGACCCAGCUCCACAGCCACUUCGGGGACAAGACUGGUCAGUGGCUCUUUGGGUUGUGCAGAGGGAUUGAGUUUGAACCUGUAAAGCCAAGGCACCUGCCCAAGUCCAUCGGAUGCAGCAAGAAUUUCCCAGGAAAAUCUGCCUUGGCAACAGGGGAGCAGGUGCAGCACUGGAUGAUGCAGUUGGCACUGGAACUAGAGGAGAGGCUGACUAAGGACAGAGAAAUGAAUAACAGGGUGGCGAAGCAGCUGACUGUGGGGGUGCGGGUGGAGGGGGACCGCAGGGCCAGCAGCUUUUCCCGGUGCUGUGCGCUGUCACGCUACGAGGCGCAGAAGAUCGCCAGCGACAGCCUAGCCCUGAUAAAGAGCCUCAAUGCAGCAGGGAACCACCAGUCAGCUUGGUCCCCAGCACUCACACUGCUUCACCUAUCAGCCAGCAAGUUUUCAGAGCCCCCCUCAUCAUCUGUUACAGGGAUUACAAGUUUCUUAAGCAGUGAUGUCACAUCUACACAGAAACUUCCAACUGCCAGUCUGUCUGUCUCAAGCCCCAGUCCUAAGAAAACGGUCAAGAAGCCAGCUGGUGCUAUAGAGUCAUUUUUUCAGAGAGCAUCUGAAAGAAAGAAGGAAGCGAAUGAAAUGUCGGGAUCAUUGCUGUCUGAGUCACUGUCACGGCUUCCUAAUCGGGAAGAGCAUCUUCCUGCUGCCGCUACCGUGCCACUUCCUGUCACAUCAUUUUCCAAAAGUAAAUCUGCCGUUUGCUGUUUCUUUAAGAGCAAGGCUUGUGAAAAUCUCAGUUCUGAGAACUCUUCAGAUAGCAGAGACCUGACCGCUCAGUUAUCCAGAAGUUCUGACCUCGGUUUUGGAACCAGUGUCGAUGGUUCUGCUCCUUUUGUUAACGACGAGGCUGACAGUGAAACAAAAAGAUUGAAUGUCAGCCAAGACCUUCAGGGUGUAGAGCGGCAGCCUGAAACCAUUCCAGAACUUGCUGAGGAAGGACGAUCUGAGGAAGCGGACAGUCUGGAUCACCCGAGAGAGAACGGAGAACCAGCCGCUAGAGUCGCUAACGAGGAGCACUUGGAAAGCAGGUCUCUGGACAAAGCUUCCUCUGAGGACCUUGUGUGGUGCGAACGAUGUGGCAAGAACAUUCUCGUUUGGGACAUGCCCGAACACACGGACUACCACUUCGCUCUAGACCUCCAGAGCUCUUUCUCCUCAACCAGCUCAGGAACCUCUAGCACCAACCCCAGCAGAACCCCCUCCACCACCACUGCUGCUGCUGCCACUGCCCCCCCCUCAAGGGGGAAAAGCAAGUCCAAGAACACAGCAGCCCCUGCACCCAAGAGACUCAAAUCACAGGGCACAAACAAGACCCUGGACUCCUUUUUCAAGAAGAAUUAGGAUUGUCUUUGUGCUAUAGAACUGCCAGGCACAGCAGACUAUCAAAGACCACAGUACACCAGAUGAGUCAUUCCACUUGGUUUGCCUAUAAUCAGUAAAUGCAGUUUUUAUUUAAAGUGGUACAGAAUCAUGCGGUAGAAUGAUCCAGAAUCAGUGACCACAUUUCAUAACAGAUAAUUGAGAUUAUUUUAAAUUGUUUGCAAGUUAGCAACGCCUUCAGUUGUUAAUACAUUCUAUGUACUGUUUAUGGUUUAAAUAGUAAUUGCCAGCUUUGCAUCAGAUGUUUCUUUUUAUCUGGCAACAUACAAAGUAGAGGUCCUUCAGCUGGCCUUUGCUUUAUCUCCCACUGCAGUAAAGAGUUGCUGCGUCCUCAGAGUGGAGCCUUCAGAAGAUAUUGCGGGUUGAUAAUUAUGUAGUCAAUAGCUGACUACUGUUAAAGUCCUGUUUUUAUUUAAACUCCAGUGUAGGAUCCUGUUUGUUAUGCAGAUUUAGAUUUUCUGUUAGUUGCUUCUGCUUGCCUUUUGAGGGUUUUGUGGCAUUGAUGUAAGCAUGUUCUCUCUCUGUCGAUUUAGUCUUGGGGUCCCAGUGUUAAGUGUUCAAUUGCUUUGUCAUGGUGAGAAAAGCAUGUAAUAUACCACAGGUUUCAUAUUUGUUUGGCAAGCUUCAUGUGUGCAUGCAGGCCUACUUUGAUUGCUACAAUCAGAUUUUUACACUGAAAAUUGUCUUGUUCAAAGAUCUAAGACUUUUUUUUUCAUCUUCAUUUAUAACUGCUCCAAUGUAAUAUUACAGUGCUGCAAUAUUACCAUUGCAUCUGUUUCUCCCUUAAAGCCAUGUUUCUUAAUGUAAAGCACAUUUAGCAACAAAAAAAAACAUGUUUAAAUGUGCAUUAUAUUUGUUCAAUAUGAAAAUUGUGAAUUUGCUGUACAGAAAUAAAUAAAUUGGUAUAUUUUUUAUCAAUCACAAACAUAAGAAACAAACAAGUUGAGCGUGUUAGAUUGUUUCUUCAUAGAGACAUGAAUAGAGACUGGCUCAGUUUUAUCUAGAGUUUCAGUAGGGUUAGGAGUGGGCUCUUUUAAAAACAGCCAUUUAUGAAAAGGGCUCCUGGUGUCAUGGCAACCGCUGCUUUUAUGAUGGCCUGUAAUUUCUUGUCACAAUCAACAGUUCUCUUAAAUGGUAAAUACAAUUUUAUUUCUUAUUCAUGAAUGUUAAAUAUCGUAAUUGUGUAUACUGAACAUAAAUUACAGAUGAAAUCCAAUGUAUACAAUUUCCUGUUUAUUUAGACUGAUUUUAAGGAAUUUAUCAAUUGAAUUGUGGUAUUUUUGUUUUGUUCUUUUGUUCAGUUGAAUGUAUGUGUCAAUGUAGCUUACAUUAAUUGUCUAGAUUUUGCUGAUAUUUUGUAUUUUUAGGAAAGUUAAUUGAGUCUUAAGACCUUCCAAAUAAUUUAGACUUUUAAACAGCUUAAAAUACACUGGUGUAUUUGUGACUAAACCAUAAACAGCUGUGUACUAGACAGGAAUGUUUAAGUGAAGGAGGGUGAUGAAAGGGUUACCCCUUCUCGCCUGAUCAGAUCCAUGUUCACAGUGCACGCCUUUCCCUUUUCAAAUGUUUAGCCUGAUGUAAUCAUGACAGCCAGCACUGCAAGAGACGUUUACCUGCCAAGUUGUUGUCGUCUCAGCAUGCCUCGCCUCGGCUGCACAUUUUCUAGUCGUUUCGUCAGCUCACAUGACGUCACGUUUGUGUUUACAGACCUGUACACCUCCUAACAACAGGGUCGUGUUUAAUAAAACGUGUUUGUUGUUGUGAAACGUGUGGUUUACAUUUAAUAAAAAUGAAUUUAAAAAAAAAGUAAUUCAGAAGACUUUUCAGAAAAAGAAAACAAAACAAAGAAAAACGCAAUAAAACGUACACGAACAUUGGUUUGACCCAUAGCCCGCACUGCACUAUUUACAACAAGUCAGCAGCGGCGGUGUGACUAACAAGUUGCUGAGCAGUUUGUGGAAACUACAAAUGAUUCAUUAAAUAUAGGGUACUAGAUAUUGAGUUAGUUUAGUUUGUUUUUAUUGCAUUGAAUAAAGAACCCGAUGGUUGUUUUUAUGUAUUUUUUUUUUUAAAUAGAAAAGUUAGUAGGUUCGUGUUGCUGCGGGUAGUCCAACACCAACUCUAAAUAAAAAGAUACUCUUAUUGAACACUAAUAAUAGUCUGAAGCAGUUGUAUUUCCAAAUAAGAGAAGCCCGUUUUAAUUAUCGGAGUAGGCUAGGAUGUUUAUUUUUUUCCCAUUACAAACUUGUCGUUGUUGUUCUUUGAAAUACAUUUGUGUAGUAAUUCAAUCAAACCAAGUAGGAAUGUGCUUGCAUCGUUUAAGACGUUUUUCAAGUCAAGUAAGCUUAUUUGUGUACAAAAACUACAAGAGUCGCAGUCCUUUCGCAGCCAGUGUCAUCACGUACACAAAAUCAUAAGAUAAUUGAUUUUAAAGAUACAGUAUAAAAUAAUGUACCCGAACCCAAGCAAGUGCAAAACUUGCCCCAAUAUUUAAAGUAAAACAUCUACAUAUUUUUUAACUAUCAAGACAUGACUUGGUUCCAGUAGCAGCAGUUACAUGAUUGUUUUAAGUUAUUUUAUUAUGGGCAAACUUUGCCCUCUAAAUCAAUGGACCAUAUUUAGAAGCAAGGCAAAGACACAAUUUCUUAAGAAUAAGAUCAUUUUAAUGGUAUAGAACAGGAAAUUACUCUUGACUGGUCCUUCCUGCAACUACAUUUUAUACUGUUCAAUAUAUACUGUAAAAAAAAAACACCAAACAAUAAAAAAACUGUAUGAACUCUCUAUUUACAGCAUCUAAUUGAGUUAAGCAGGAAUUGUAUGUGAUUUCUGCUGCUGAGGUUUUAUCAAAUUAAUGAGUUUGAUGAGUGACAUUUCAAAAUCUAUGUUAACCAGCCAUGUGUAAUUGAUCAGGUUAAUCCAUCUGGUAAAAUGAGAAGUUGUAAGUGAAGUAAUUUCUCAAUGUCUUUGGCUUGGAAUGUACAACAGAGUUUCAUGGGGGUCUCGGCAGUGGUACUUGUUUCCUUACUAAUAUAGUGCGCCGUCAUUUGUAAAAGGCAAGCAUGCAUCACCCCCCAGCAGUUGCUGCUGACAUUCUCUGGACUUGCCCAUACACUGAGACUGCACAUUCUGCAUCCUCUGAACUGGCUGGAAGUGUAAGGCAAAGCUUUGCUAAGUUAUAUAGAUGUGGAAAUCGAUUAGAAACAGUCCCAAAACUCGGUUA